GAGGGGAGAGUGGGUAGUUCGACCUUUGAAACAAGAAGCAAAAUGGCGGCCUUGAUAGACGAACGAGGACCGAUGUUCAAAGUCGUUCUUCUUGGCGAAGCAGGUGUAGGAAAAACCUCUUUAUUUUACAGAAUAAAAGAAAAUACUUUCAUUUCAAACGGGAGGAAUACAAUAGGCGUUGACAGUUGCUCGAAAUUCCUUAAGGUGAACGACAAACAAGUCACGCUCAGUGUAUGGGACACUGCUGGAGUUGAACGAUUCCGAACAGUAACAAAGAACUACUACCGAGGUGCGCAUGCCUGUAUUUUGAUGUUUGGUAUUGACGAACCAGGUUCACUGCAAUAUCUUACGCACUGGACACGCGAUGCUAACGAAUUCUGCCCAGAUGCCUUUAAGUUUGUUGUUGCCAACAAAAUUGACUUAGAUUGCAGGGUCAGCCUAGAAAGUAUGCAAAUGUUUUCUGAUUCCCACAACUGUUCCAAUGUAUUUCAAAUUUCUGCUAAAACUGGAGAAGGGAUAGAUGGACUGUUAGACUCAAUGGCAAAGGAAUUAUUAAAUGAAAACAAGGAAACAAGAUUGGAGAAGGAGAAGGAUUUAUCAUCAAGUGGUAACAUCAGUGUUGGUGAAACUCCAGAUCCAACUGUAAGACAAUGGAAAAGUGGUUGUUGUAAAUCUAUGUAGUUAAGGAAUAGAUUACUGAAUUAUUAGUACUACAGCUUGGAGUAACACCUACCAUUAUUUCAAAAUAGGUUGUCAGUUGUAGAUCUGAAAUCUGAAAUCUCAGACAAAUAUUCCCUAGUAUAGGUCAUCGCUAAAAGUGUGGUACUGUAACAUAUUUAGAUAUUAACUUGUUGCAAAUCGCUAAUUGAAAAGACAAAACAAUCAUCACUACUUUCCUUUAUUUUUAAAAUCACAGCUCAUGGUUCAGUACAGUCUCAGAUUUCCGAUUUCUGAUCUCCAAGUGAUGAUGUUUUUUGAAAUAGAUGGAGUUUGGGUUGCACUUGAUGCUUAAAAGCUAGAAAAACCUGGGAAUCACAGUCACCCAACCUUCAUGUAAAGGCCCUGUAAUGCAUUGAAACUUUUAGCUUAAAUUUAUGUGCUGCAGCAUUGUGAGAAAAGUUUCAAGUGGGUGUUUGAUGGUGCAAUAUUUUCAUGAACUAUUAUCAUACACCAUGUUGUGUUGUCUACUCACUGGGAAUGUUGGGCUCUGAUUGGAUUGUUCACUGAGGCAUGACGAAGGAAGUUUCAAGAUGAGAGUUACAUGGCACAAUUUCAUCCUGAAACUAGUUUGCGACACACAUAAGCAUGAAGCAGUUCUACUUUUUGCGAAACUUUCAUGCGAUGCAAGUUUCACAAAGCUGUGACAAAGGGUGACACAAUGCAGUUUCUUCUUAAGCUUGUCUCUCAAUGCCAUUGCACAUGAUUUUCACCUAAAAGUUUCAACAUGUAACAAGGCCUUAAAGGGCAUCUGAAGAGGACACUAAGUAAGGACRAGUUUGAGCCAGUGAUUUUCCAAAGUGUGAAUGGAAUUAUGCAAUUCAUUAUGAGGUUUUGGAGGAUGUCAAUCAAAGUGUUUUCAUGACAUUGUCAGGAAGCAUAUUUUCAAGGGCAAGUGCCUAUCGAAAUAUGUCAUGGAAACCUUUUGAUUGACAUUCACCAAAACCUACUUGGUCACAACUUACAAUGCUUGGUUCCAGCRUAGUUAAUAGAGGGGAAUGGUUAGGAAACUUAUUGUUAUCAGGUCUUUGUUCGCUUUUGAUCUUGAACUGAUCUUGACCAUGCACAAUGUUUGAUUUAUGCUCAUCCAAAAUUGCAAAGUAAGCAAACAUAAACUUUGCCUAUGGGAUUGUCAUAAGGAGUAUUCAAAUAUAUCUUAUAAAUCUUUAAGUAUUUUGAAGUAGCAGCAAAAACAAAGAUUUUGGUCUGAUCACUCGGCCAUUGCCAACAAUGGUAAAACAAUGGUAAAACAAAGGAUAGUGCAGGGUCACGCUUGAAAAAAGUGAACAAAGACCUAUAACAAAAGGGUUUCCUAACCAUUCCCCUCAAUUAACUAUGGUUCCAGGCUUGGUACUGAGAAGCACUUGAAUAUAUCUUGUACAGCCUAUAUAAACAGGGCCGUAACCAGAACUUUUACAGGGAGGGUGCACAUCGAAUAAAAUCGGGAAAAAAAGGAAAGAAAGCAGCAGAACCAAAAAAAAAAAAACCAAAAGAAAGCAGAACCAAAAAAAAAGGGGAUGGAUGAGCGGACCUUCAGCUUUUAUGGGGGGGUGCACGUGCACCCUGUGCUCCCCCCUAGUAACGGCCCUGAUAAAUAGCUUAUUACAUAAGUAUACAUGUACAUACUUCGUAUAAUUUUAAACUUGACUAUAGAGUUUCACACACCGUGAAUAGUCGAGCCCCUAGUGAUUAURUGAUAUUCACUGCUUAAGUGGCACAUGAUUAUGAAGUUUUUCCAAAGUUUGACAAAAUGGAAGCAAUACUAAAAGGUUUUUUUGUCCUGAA